AUGGUCGAAGGAACACCUCAGUACGUCAUGAAUAUGCAAGAAGAACAAUUCGACAAGCGCGACCCGGCACAGAUCACUACACAAGCCGCACCUUCUUCACCAGCAUCAUUUUCCCCACUGCACGUCUAUGCCGAGCCUCAGUCAAAUACUCAAAACGCCCGUUCUGACUUGGACACGCCAGCUUUGGGUGUUGACUCGCCCAAGGACACUGAAGCACAUACCCAGGCACAACUUCAAACCCACUCGCCACCUGUGACCGGGAUUUCUGCCGUUUCAGAACUUGAGGAAUUUCUGGAAACAAAGGCGCAGUUACAAGAAGAUGCACCUGUUCCUCACACGACUUCGCUCACUUCAACCCCAAGUCAGGACCAGGAUGAUAAAAACUCCAUAGCGCCAUCAGCUACUCCCCUUCAAGGUAUGCAGAAAAUAGCAAAGUAUACACGCUUCGAGCGCUCAAAAAUCUUCAAAAAUACACGACACACCAUGCACUGUAAGACUUUCACGAUGUUCAUGCUCGGUUCACGUGGAUUCGAGCGCGCUAAAUUACUACCCACAAGGCAGACGAGGCCUCCACUGCUGAAGCGGCGGUACACCAUCGAUGUCAAUACUACUGAAGACUGGGGCACCUGCUUCGCAACGUACUGGAAAGAAACAGAGGCCAUGUGUCCGCCUCUUCAGUACAAAUCUCUCGACUUGGAACCUCUACCCAUUCUUUCCCGCUGGAGUUUUGUUCCCCACCCUGGUCGAUAUUCCGCAUUCUACACAAUGUUCCUGUUGAACCCACCAUUUGAUUCCAACGUGUAUCUCAGGCUGGGGGAUACCACAAUUCAAAAUGAUGCUUUCUGCCAUAUCAUGAGCACAAGCUGGAAUCAUGGCGAGCCUUGGAUGCGGGACGAAAGUCUAGAUAUGGCUCUGGAAGUCCUCUAUCGAGAUUACAAUUGUGAAAAUCUUGGAAUCGCAAUAGCCAACUCCAUGGUCUCACAAAUAUGCCUUUUCGCUGCAGAAAGUGAAGAUAGCAAUCCCCAGGAGUACUCUCAGUAUAGAGCUCGCUUCGAGAACAAGUCAUGGAUUUUUCUUGUUAUCAACGAUGCAAUCGGUGGCGUUGAAAACGAUUGUUUGCAAGGAAAUCACUGGUCGCUUCUCGCCAUCGACAGGAUACAUUAUACAGUCUCGUAUUACGAUUCUCUAUUUCUUGACGUCGACCAACCUCGACACCUUGGUUUUCAAAUCGGUCGAGGCAUGCUGAAAAUCCUUGGAGAAGAUGUCAAAAAUUGGCAAUACCGAAUCCAACAGUACACCCCGCAUCAGAACUACCACAACCAAUUCCGCUAUGACGACGGUGCAUGUGGACCUUUUGUGUACAAGAUGACGGAAGUACUGAUCAGGCGCGUCAAAGUUUAUCAGUUGCGUGGUGAAGAAGACAAGUGCUUCCUUGAACUGUGUGAAGAUUUCCCACUGAAUUUCAAAAAACAAUUUCACUCAUUCCAAGUUCGCCGCGAGAUACAAAGGAGGAUUGCCCGCUGGAAAGCCAUCAUGGAUGCGUCUCAUUUCGCAUAUAACCAUGACCACGAGGCCAUACGUGACGAUUGGGUUGAACUAGAUGACAAUCCGGUUAUUGAGUUCGAAAUACCGCGCCGACAAGAAACACCUGUAGACUGGCCUACCUCCCUGGAAGAU